CUCAAGUUUACCAAAGGAUCAGAGAUGAGCAAAUGGAGAUUGCUAGGUCUAAGAAAGCAGGAGAGAGUCUUACAUGGAAUGAUAUGCAGAGGAUGAAAUAUUCAUGGAAUGUGUUAUUGGAAGUGAUGAGGCUUGUCCCUCCUCUUCAAGGAACCUUUAGGGUAGCCACAACUGAUAUUACAUACGAGGGCUUCACCAUUCCUGAAGGAUGGAAGAUAUAUUGGACAGUGAGCUCAACCAAUAACGACCCAGAAAUAUUCAGAGAGCCAGAGAAGUUUGAUCCAACAAGAUUUGAGAGUGAGAUACCGCCAUUCUUGAAUGUGCCAUUCGGAGGGGGUCCAAGAAUUUGCCCUGGAAAAGACUUUGCAAAGCUUCAAAUGCUCAUUUAUCUUCAUUAUGCUGUCACCUUCUUCAAAUGGGAACUCAUUAAUAAUGUCAAUCCUCCUAAGGUUCCAGCAAGCAUGCAUCCCUUGCCCUCUGAAGGGUUUCGGGUGCGACUUGAGCGUUGUUCCCAAUAG